AUGAAGAAGCUAAAGAGUUCCCAAGUCGCCAGGCACAAUGAUCGCCAGUCGUGCUGGAUCGCUCUGUACGGCAAAGUCUACGACAUCACAGACUUUCUCGACCAACAUCCCGGCGGGCCACAGAUUCUCUUAAAGACUGCGGGUCAGGAUGCCACGGCCGAGUACGAGAGUGUGCACAGUCCGGAGUUGCUGGAAGAGACCCUUCCCUCGUCUGCAUUUCGAGGGCUCAUCGAUCCGGACACGAUGCCAAAGACAGAGUCGACAUCACAACCAAGACCACAGCAGAAGCAAAAGCGGUCCCGACCCCUAAGGUCAAUGAUCAGUGUCAAUGACUUCGAAGCAGUGGCAAAGCAAUCCCUCAGUCCUGCCGGAUGGGCCUACUAUUCAUCGGGAGCAGACGAUGAACGUAGCAGAUACGAAGCUGCUCGUUCAUUCCGCAAGCUGACACUGCGUCCUCGUGUCCUUCGCAACGUGGAUCAUGUCGACACGAGAACCACCAUUCUUGGCCACAAUACCAGCUUGCCCGUCUAUGUUUCCCCUUCGGGGCUGGCGAGGUACGCGCAUCCGGACGCGGAAUGCGCAUUAGCUGCCGGAGCUGGGAAAGAAGGCCUGAUCCAGGUAAUACCCACGAGCCCCAGCAUGUCAAUCGAGGCCAUCAUGCGCGCACGGAUCAGUCAGAAUCAGCCUGUUUUUUUCCAGCUAUAUUUCAAUCGAGACUACCAGAAGACCGAAGCGAUGAUCCGUCGUGUCGAGAAACUGGGCGUGAGUGCCAUCUGGCUGACGGUGGACUCGCCGGUUCUUGGAAAGCGGGAACGUGACGAUCGAUUAAAGGCUCACAUCAGCGGCGAGGACGAAUAUGUCACGCUCGAGGAACAGAAGCCCGGGGUGGCCAAAGCGGCUGCCAGUGGCCUGCUGAACCCGACGUUGACCUGGAGUGAUAUUGCAUGGAUCCGUCAAGUGACCCAACUCCCCCUUGUUCUCAAGGGGAUCCAGAGUGUCGAAGAUGCCAUACUCGCGUACGAAAACGGGGUGGAAGGAAUUGUUUUGUCCAACCACGGAGGUCGAUCCCAAGAUACGGCACAAGCGCCGAUGAUCACUCUGCUAGAGAUCCGACGGUAUGCGCCGCAUCUGCUCAGUGGCCCAAUGGAGGUCUUCUUGGAUGGGGAGAUUCGGCGCGGUACCGAUAUCCUAAAGGCCCUUGCCUUGGGGGUGCGUGCAGUCGGGCUGGGGCGACCUUUCUUGUUCAGCCUCACCGGUGGUUAUGGAGAAGCUGGGUUUAGAAGAAUGGUCCAGAUCUUGCGCGAAGAGCUCCAAGGCAACAUGGCCCUAUCUGGAGCCACUAGGAUCACUGAGAUUGUCCCGGAGAUGGUCAACACGCAGAGGCUGGACAAGGAAGUUAUUGGUUCCGUCAAGUUGUGA